UCGAGUUCGAUUCCCGGCCGCUCCCGCGGGGACAACUUUUUUUCCCGCGCGGGGCUGGCGCAUCCCGACGGAGCGGUCGCGGCCGUCGGGCAACUCGCGGCCGACUGAGCGACCCCCCCGGACUGCGGGUGCCGUGCCCCACCCUGGGGCAGCCGACGGCGCGCGGCCGGAGCCGCCGUGACUCGCCGGGGCGGCGGCUGAAGGUUUUGAAGCAGAUGUUGGAAGAUGUUAGCUGUGGAUACUGGGGUUGUGGAGGAGUGGUUAUCAGAGUUCAAGACAUUGCCAGAAGCAUCCAUAUCCAACUAUGCUACCAGCUUGAAAGAUAAGACUGCUUUGAUUUCAUCUCUUUACAAAGUAAUUCAGGAGCCACAGAGUGAACUUCUGGAGCCAGUUUGCCAUCAGCUUUUUGAGUUCUAUCGCAGUGGUGAGGAACAAUUGCUACGGUUUACGCUGCAGUUUCUGCCAGAAUUGAUGUGGUGCUAUCUUGCUGUCUCAGCCAGCAGAGAUUUGCAGAGCAGUGGAUGCAUACAGGCUCUUCUCCUAGGAGUUUAUAACUUGGAGAUAGUUGACAAAGAGGGACAUAGCAAAGUGCUGAGUUUCACAAUUCCAUCUUUGUCCAAACCUUCAAUCUAUCAUGAACCUUCCAGCAUUGGCUCCAUGGCUCUCACGGAAGGAGCUUUGUCGCAGCACGGAUUGUCCCGGGUUGUGUACAGUGGACCUCACCCUCAGAGGGAGAUGCUGACAGCCCAGAACAGGUUUGAAGUGCUGACCUUCCUUCUGCUCUGUUACAAUGCUGCCUUAAGCCACAUGCCUGCAAUGUCUCUUCAGUCAUUGUGUCAAAUUUGUUCAAGAAUUUGUGUCUGUGGAUAUCCUCGCCAACAAGUGAGAAAGUACAAGGGAUUCAACAGCAGGAUUCCAGUUUCAUCUGAAUUCAUGGUGCAAAUGCUAACAGGGAUCUAUUAUGCCUUUUAUAAUGGAGAGUGGGAUCUGGCUCGUAAAGCUAUGGAUGAUGUUUUGUACAGAGCUCAGCUUGAACUGUAUCCAGAACCUCUGCUGGUUGCUAAUGCAAUAAAAGCUUCACUGCCUCAGGGUGCCAUGAAAUCUAGUAAAGAAGGUACAAGAUGCAUUCAGGUUGAAAUUACACCUACUUCAUCCAGAAUAUCAAGAAAUGCUGUGACUAGCAUGUCUAUAAGAGGGCAUAGAUGGAAAAGGCAUGAUAAUUCUGAUUUAGCAAUUGAAGAAGAACUGAUAGAAGUAUCUGAAACGGAUGAAGGAUUUUACUCUAGGGCUACUUCUGGUACGAGUCAGUCUGCCCUAUCUAACAGCAGCACCCCGAGCAGCAAGAACCUCUUAGGGAAGAGCCAACGAAGGUCUGGAGGAAGCAAACCUGGAGGAAAGGAGGGGGAAGCCUGCAGAGAGCAUUUAUCACGGAAACAAACUCAGAGAGCCAUGAGUGAGAAUCUAGAGCUUGUCUCUCUGAAGAGACUGACACUGACAACCAGCCAGUCCCUGCCUAAGCCUGGCAGCCAUAGCCUGGCCAGAACGACCACUACUGUGUUUAGUAAAUCCUUUGAACAGGUCAGUGGUGUCCCAGUUCCAAAUAAUCGUGGUGGUGUCUCUGGUACAGAAGCAAACAGGUUUUCAGCGUGCAGUCUUCAGGAGGAAAAACUGAUAUAUGGAACAGAAAGAACAGAUCUGCCUAUUUUAAACAAACAACCUAAUCAGCAGCGACCUCCUAGUAUUAGCAUAACUUUGUCAACAGAUUGAUAUUAAAUUGGCCAGUAUAAAAAAUAAGUUACUGAGACUAUCCUGAUAUUGGUACAUUAAGCUCUUAAUAUGCCAUACAUUACUUCCUUAAGUCUCAAACCCAUAAAUUCUUACUUGGCUCAUGUUUGACAGUAAUAGUGAAUAGACAGCAGUUACAAUUACUUUGAAUCAGCUUCUGAUAGCUUUACAGCUUCAUGAAAAUGUAUACCUUCACUGGCUGAGCAAGCAAGCAUUAAUUGGUUGGUUGUCACUGACCAAGGUGUGUGGCUUCUUAAAGAUGUACAAUGUGGGAACAAGCAGAGUGUCUCUCCCAGAUUUUACUUUUUGUCUUCCAUUUGGCAUAGGCAAAACUGCAAUUACUCAGGGGUUUUUUAGGAGGAGUCUUGCGGUAUUGUCAUGCAAUUUUGGAAGAGCACUGUAAGAACAAACAUUGUCUUAGAUGUAAGCUAUGCUUACAUAUGAGGUUAAACUAGAAGCAUCACUUCAGUGUUUGAUGUUCUGGUGGCUUUUGUAUUGGUAGUUAGUACAUGUAGCAAUGUUCGUACUUCUUUAUGCCUGUGGAAUUUUAGAUGCAUUUUGGUUUACCUAUAUGUCUUCAAAACUGGGCCUAAAUUAAUACAGCAGCAGUGCUUGUGGCUGGGAGUUAUUAUCAAUUGCUGUAAUAGUCACUCUUUAGACUUAAAAAUUAUGUGGCAUACUGUUUCUUGAGGAUUCUUAAAUAUCAGUUUCAAAACUACUCAGUGAGAAGUCAGUCAUCAGUAUUUUUAUUGCCUGUUGGGAGGAGAUGUGCUUGUGUACUACUGUGAUGUGGAAAUACAAGCCCUUUGCACUGACUCAAGCAAAUCAGGGGUGUGAAUGUGCUUAACAUGAAUUUUGUGCUUGAGACAAAGAGAAUACUACCAAAGGAUGUGUACUUUCAGUAACUUGCAAGCACAAAGGGGAACUAUAAUGUAAAUAUAACUAGCAGUGUAAUUCCUAGGGUUUUUUAUAUCUAUUAUUUUUCUAGUUUGAAAUUCUAAACCAGCAACCUGUUCAAGGUUUUACCUAACCAUUAACCUUCAGUGAGUUUGACAACAACUUUUAUAAUGUUAAGAUUUUAAUUAAAAAUGGACGUGAAAACUUCUUAGGCAGAAAUCUGAAGAAGCAGUUGCUAACAAAACCACUCCAGUUGCAGUUAUUAGCUGAUGAACAGAUAAUAUAUUAUUAUGAGUGGAGAAGUAGGAUGAAGACCUAAGGCAUAGUUGCUCCCAAAUGUCCAGAGUUCUGCAGCUGUUAAUCCAUUAUUGUCAAGAACAUUGUAAAAAAACAAACACUAAAAUUUUGGUAGAUUUUCCCAUUUGCUUGGAGAUAAGUUUUAGAUACUUUUGUCUUUAACUGAAGCACAAGUAACUUUUAAACAGCUAAUGUUAUUGAAGUUCAUAGCAAUUAAUAAGCUGGUUAAUCAGUGAAAAAAAAAGUAAGUUGUAUAGUUGUACUAAUAAGACCACAGGCUAGAUGUAUACAUUCCUGAGAAUUCACCAAAGUAUGCAGAAUAAUCCCCUCAGUCUGUAGAUGUUUAUAUAUACCUGAACACCUGAGUUUAAGGGAAAAUGCCAUUUUCUCAUUCUUCAUUUUGUUGUGUGACACUGUUCUAUUCUAGUAAUGCAGUACUUCAUCUUUUUAUAGCAAAGUAUUUUUCUAAUUUUACACAAAAACUUACAUUCCUAAUGGAUAAACUACAAAUUUGCCCUGUUUAGUUUUUAGUACUUUGGCCAGUGAGAAAAACUGGUUCUUUGAGGUUGUUUUUGUAAGUAUUUUUUACAGCAGAAAAUCUAGUCUCGUUUUUAUAGGCUUUUCUGCAAUACACAUUAGACAGGAGAUUUGUUUCACAUUGACUAAUGCAUCUGGCUGCUGGACAUGCAUAACCAAGAGCAGCAGCAGGGUGGGUGUUAGGCAGCUGAUGGUAGCCAUUGGCUAUCUCUACACACACUGAAUGUAGAGCUCUUCCUUCCCUUGAAAUUCGAUCUAAAUGUUGCAAAGAAAUAACCUGCAGAAUUCACAGCAGUUUCCUAAUCUGUUUUUGCAGUGUAGGAUCUAAAGAACACAUUAGAAAAAAUUUGCAGUAAUUUAAAUUGACAUAAAACUAAAAGAGUAGAUAAAUCAAAUUGCAGUAGACAAAUAUUUGUUGUUAUGGUGUUAGUUGCAAGGUAGUGUUGAGGGGCUAGAAUUUUUGAGAAUUCUGCUGGUUUUGCUUUGUUUCAUUUAAUUAAUAAUUAUUUGUUACCUCCAUGGUAGACUCUUUCAAGCUGGGUGUUGGUGUAAAAGAUAUUUAUCAUACUGGGAAGAUUUAGCUCUAAAUAAUUAGGAUUUCAAAUUAGUAUCUAAAAUGCCAUAAAGUGUAGAUAUGUAACAUAAUGUUUCCAGUAAUCUUGGCCACAAGCCAAAUGGUGUUGAAAUGAAGUUAGUUUUUCCUUUUAUUUUAUCCAGCUGGUCUGGCUCGAACCCAAGACAUAGGCUCAUGUUGGUACAACUGAAAUAACAUAAGUCCUUAUUCUUUUUUGAGAAAAGGAUAAAAGGAAAGGUUCUUGGUACUAAAGAUUGUUCUGUCCCUACAUAUGUGGCUUCAUAUAAACAUGUUUGCAUUGGUCUCUGGAGAAACUUACCCAGUGAUGAGUGUGUUUUUGUGAGCUGACAUCACGCCUUCAUACUGAUGGAGUCUGAAGAAACUUUGAGUUGUGCGUCUUUCUUUACUUAAAAAUUGAAAAGUUUAAAAAAAAAAAAAAAAAAAAGGCACAAGAGAGCAGAGUGAGGGCAGAAUUAUUUGUUGUCCAAAUAUCCAUGGUGCAGGAUUAGGAGAGGGGUGUGAAGAGUGGUGGGGGAAAUAGGGCAGGAAGCAGGUAUUUCUAAAAUUGUUAAACUCUGGGGGUUUGAGCCAUAUUCAGUCACCUCCGACUGUCAGAUGCAAAAUCUUUGUUAAAGAAGUAGAUGUCUUCUAACAGUGUAAAGGAAACCUAUUAAGACACCACAUAUUACAGUCUGCCUGGGAGUGGGUAGUUCUGAUGAAUACCUUCCAAACAUACACAGCUGCACCAUUCUUCUGGGAAAAUGUUCUGUAGGAGUGAAUCAUCUCACACUGUAAUAAGAGAAGUUGUUUCAAUGCUGACGUUUAUAACUGACCUUACUGUUCCAAAUCAGAGGGCACUGUUUCCAAGGGUGGCUUUGAACAGCAACACUUGCAAAACUCAUUGAGGCUGAGAAGAAUUAUUUUUGUUCUGAGAGCGUGUAACAUUUGUGCAAAAAGUGUAUGACCUCUAACCACUUGCUGCAGAGCUGCAAUGAUUUUUCUGAAUGGAUUUAAAUGUCUUGAAUUACCUUGAUUACCUAAUAAAUUUGAAAGGUACAGAAAUAGAGCUUUUUUAGCCACACUUCUCUCUAAGGAGGUUUCCUAUGAGAAAUUCUAGAAAUUUCUAAUGUAAUUGUCCAAUACCUUUUGUUGGUGUUAGAGGCUUACAGUGCUGUAUAUAGAUGUAUAAUAUAUUGCCUUUUGUAUUUGUAUAAUUCUACUUCUACGACUAGAUGGGCACAUUUGAUAUUCCCUGAAGUCUGUGGAAUAUCUGCAUCAGUCUGUAGAUGUCUGUGUUCACAUGAGAAUCUGAAUUUAAGCAACUGCCACACUUUAAUUCUUCAGCUCAUUGUGUGACACUGUUUUAGAAGCACAGUUUUUCACCUUUUUUGCAGUGAAGUGUUCUCUUGAUUGUACAUGAAAACUUACAUUCCUAAUGUAUAGGCUACAAGAUUGUCUUUUUAGUGUUUAAUAAUUUUGGCAGUAAAAUAAAUUUGGGUUUUUUUGAAGUUGUAUGCUUUUGUAAACACUUUGUACAGCAGAAAAUUUUGCCUCUUUACAGACUUCAUUGACACACACAUUACAUAGCAACAUAUUUGUUCAGUUUUCAUUCUAUACAUCCAGAAGUCAUAGCAAGGUUGACUUAAAAUAUGCUGAAUACCCGUUUUUACAACUAGGGUCUACAAGUGCAGGCCUGUCAGGAAGGACACCAUGGUUGAGAAGCGCUGAUGGGGGAAGGGGAAUUCAAGCAGAUGAGUUGCACAUUGGCAGAAGCAGGUUGGGGUCCUGUCAGUAAAGCAGCACUUCUUGGGCAGCUUCGUAGUUUUGGUGGUGUGGAUAUUAACAGUGGUUUGAUACCCUGGACACAGUGCAGAUUAUGUAUCUCUGGGGGCUGUUCUUGCUGGUAACAACAGAAGCAAAGGUGGCAGUGAGUACCUUGGCCUUUUCUGUAUCUCCUGUCAGCUGCUCCUCUCUGCCCCACUCAGCUGUUCCUUCCUGUUGCUGAUGAUCUCUCUGUUAGAUCUUUUUUUCCAUUGUCCUUCACCUUCUUUGCCAUAUUGCACUUCAUUUGAGCUUUGUCUUUCCUAACCCCACAUGUGCAUGCUUUGAUGGUGCAUCUCCACAGGUUACCUGCUCUUGCUUCCACCUCUUGUCUGCUGCUUUUUCAUGUCUAGUCCAGAUCUCCUGGUUCAUGAUUCCGUGCCCUCUGCCGCCUGUGCUUGCUUUUCUGUGUUGUAGCCAUAGACCAUUCUUAAACCUGGAAGAGAUGGUUGUUGAACAUCCUCCAGCUCUCCUGGGCCUUUCUCUUCAGGAUGGUCUCCCAUGGGCAUCUGCAGAGAAAUUCCUUUGCAAGGCAAGCUCUGUUCUGUAGGUCCAGGGUCAUGAUCCUGCAUUUAGCUCAGGGUUUUUUUUCCUUUGCCCUUACAAAUGUAGUCUCUGGUGCAAUGCUGUAGAGAAACCUGGAUGAAUGAAAGAGCUGUAGUAGAGGGAGCAGUGGGAGAUCUCACUGCAUAGAUUCCUGGUUUUCAGAUGUCAGUCUUUAUCUUUUGAAUGGAGAAAAUUAAAUUUCCUUUAAUUUAAAUGGGUGAGAAAGGAAAUGUGAUUCCAAUCAUUGGAGUAGGUAGAAGUUUUCCUUUGCAAAAGAUACAAAUUAGACUUGAUGCUGUGAUUGUCCUGUAAGUGUGCAGGAUUUGCAAUUGCAGUUACAGUGAGUGAAAGUGCUUAAAAUGGGCUCUUACGUCGUUUCAGGGUCAGGUAGCUAUUGGUCAGUGAAAGACAUCAUCAAUUGCAAGACCUUUUCCCUUCCCAAAAUCCGAUACUCCAAAAUCCUGUCUGUAUUUGAAGGAUGAGAGUAUAGCUGAGAGCCUGCUGGACAAUUUCCAGCGAAAGGGGGUGUAUUGAAGGUAUCAAGGCAAUUAGUAACGAGUUACAGAAAUUACAUUUGUUCCUACAGACUUCACAGCUGGUUGCCCGCACUGAGCUUGUAAUAGUUGUUUUUCAUGUUUUAUGUUAAUCUGGCUGUGUAUUAAAGAUGACUUCAGUAUGGGGGUUUUCUCCCAGCCCACAGCUGCCAGGUAACAAAUACACCUGCUAAUUCAGGGUAGUGGGAAGAAUGUCACAGUGAAACUGCAGAAGCCUUUGUGAAGCAAGCCUUCGUAUCGCACGGUGCUUGCCUCGUUAACUUGAUUCCUGAAAUAAGGUUGUGUUUAAUCAUCUGCUACUCUACAUGUGCAGGGACAAUACAGAAAUUUAAUGGUGCGGAAGGACUUGUGGAAGUCAGUCUGAGUCACGCAGCACUUCUGACAAGUUGUUCUCAUCAGCAGUGCUGACUAAUCCUGGCAGUCCUCCACCUAGACUUGCUUGGUCUGGAGUACGAUGGUAAGCUUUCGUGCUGGGAGAGGGCACAUUUCAGAGGUGAUAACAAGUGUCAGCUUCUGCCUCCACAACACACAACAAAGUAAAUGAAAGCAUGUCAUGCAUGGGCAUAAGAAGUUCUUGGUGUGGACAGCAUUUCUGCAAUACAAAUAGUCAACCAGGAUAAUGAACAUUCAGUGCUUUGGAAAGACACUUUCUUCAUGUAUGAAAUUUUGGAAUCACAAAAUGAUUUGGGUUGGAAAGGGGCUGAAAGAUCAUCUGGUUUCAGUUCCCUUGCCAUGGUCACCUAUGUGGCCACCACUAGACCAGGUGGCUCAGAGCCCCAUCUAACCUGGCCUUGAACACUUCCAGGGAUGGGCAUCCACAGCCUCUCUGGGCAACCUGUUCUGGUGCCUCACCACUCUCACAGUAAAGAAUUUUUUCCCUAAUAUCUAAUGUAAACUUACUCUCAGUUUGAAUCCAUUACCCCUUAUCGAGUCACUACAUGCACUUGUACAUCGUCUUUGAUUUCACUGAAUCACUGAAUAUCACUCAUUUAAAAAUUACAUAUAAAGCAUAUAUGUUAUGUGUGUGUGUAUUUUACACAUAUUGUUUUCCUCUUGAGCUAUCAAGGUAUGGAGAUUGUAGAACUGCCAUGGAGACUGCUGGAGCUGGCAAAAGCUUGUAACAGCUCUGGUGUCGAUGACUUAGGAUACCAUCUAAAGCAGAUGUAGCUAGGCACUGAAUGGUUGUAUUGUCUCUUGUAUAUUUUCCUCGUGGUUUUAUCUGCCAGCAGUAAAUUGAUUUGAGUGCAAAUUGUAAAGGCUCUUGAAGUUAGUCAUUAAAGAUGUUUUCUUUUAAAAAA